AUCCACAGCGAUAAAAUGUCGUCGGCAAAACAGCUGAAUCAAGUCGUGAGGUUAGAGGGCAAAAGGAUUUUGGGAAAGUAAGGCUCGACUGCAACACGGCAUUCAGGUCAAGGAGCCAAUUGGAGAGAUGUCGGUUAACCGCGUCAUAGUCAAUACCCAAAAGGCUCCGGCAGCCAUUGGACCUUAUAACCAAGCCGUUUUGGUGGACAAGACAUUGUAUGUGUCUGGGCAAAUCGGAUUCGAUCCCGCUUCUAUGGAAAUCGUGUCUGGAGGAGUCCAAGCCCAAACCCGCCAAGCAUUGACUAAUAUGGGUCAAAUCCUGAGUGCGGCUGGGAUUGGUCAUGACAACGUGGUAAAAACCACCGUUCUCCUUCAGAGUAUCAACGAUUUCACGGCCGUUAAUGACGUCUACAAAGAGUUUUUUACUGCCAAUUAUCCUGCACGGGCAGCUUAUCAAGUAGCAGCUUUACCUCGAGGCGCUCUUGUUGAGAUCGAGGCCGUGGCCGUGGUUGGCGACAUUGUGGACCAAACUGAAGCCAAACUUUAAAGUCUCUUUUGAAAUGCCUCUCAAUUGUGCCUUUUGAAAUAAAAGAAUCCAUCUGAUACGUUAGAGGUCACGAGGCUGGUGCUCUAAUAACUAAGUUAUUUCCUUGUGCAGA